CGGGGCCCGCCCGCCGGUCCGCGGCCAAAAUCAAAUCUGGGAACCUCGUCGACCGACCGACCGAUCGACGAGACGCCCCUGGCCUGCGGCGCCGUGCCUCGUCCCCGAGACCAUUAUUUGCAGCGCGGCGUCGUGGGCUCACUCGCUACGAGCUCACCAGUGUGAUAGCGUGUGUGAGCUAAGCCGGUCGUCACGGCGCCAUGAUCGCCAGCACAAAGCGCAUCGCCGCCACGGUCAUUAGCGAGCGACGGGUAGAUAGGCUUUGCUGCCAGCCACCCUUGUCGUUUGCCCCGUUCCCUUGCCGGUGUCCGGCUCUCCGGAGGCGCUUAGUUUAGUGCCGCGGCCAGUACGUACCGCGCGUCGCUGAGCCGCGGUGGGAGGGCUCUCUCGCUGUCUGUGUCUGGAGCCGGGAGGAGGGCGGUGGUGGAUGCUGUGCGUCCGCGCGGAGGACGCGCUGGCGGCAGCGGCGGCCGUGGCCGCGGCAUCCGACAAGAUGCGCGCCUCCGUGACCCUGGGCGGCUCGAUCCAGAGGGCGAUGCAGCGGAUGGGCCGCGGCGGCCGGAGGUCGGGCGGCGACGCGUGCCCCACGCCGCCGCCGCCGCCGGAGCAGGAGCAGGAGCGCCCGGCGCGUCUCGCGGCGGGGAGCGGCGAGGCGUCGGUGUCGGCGAGCUGCUCCGCGGAUGAUAGCAGCAAUGGUGGCGGCAAGAGGGAAGGGGCCUGGAGGGGCGGCAUGCGGCGGUACAGAUCGCAGCUCGAGCAGGAAGUCAGGAAUUUGCAGAGGCAGCUCCAGGAAGAGAUCGACAUGCAUCUGGCGUUGACAGAUGCCAUCACACACGAUGCCGAGCUGAUACUUAAAUCUUCCACAAAGCUACCAAACAAGGCGCAGGAGCUCGUAGAUAGCAUAUCCUCUUUAGAAAUCACUAUCUCAAAGCUCGAGACGGAUCUAAGCGAUUUACGCUACCAGCUGUGUCAUGUAAGGACUGAAAGGUUACUAGUAGAAAGUAAUCCAGAAUGCUUACUAUCGACACCAUCAACUAGUAAAUGCACAGGGGAUGAACACACAUCGGCGUUAAGAGAUUUUAAGUUGGAGGAAUAUGAGUCAGUUCAGUCAAUGGAAGAAUAUCUAUACCCUGAACUUGAAGAACGGCACGAUGUUGAAAAAGAGAGUGAAAAUAGGGAGAAGAUGUCUACAAGUGGGCAGCUAGAAGAGCACCAAGACGUCAGUUUAAAUAUAUUUCUAGAAAAACACCAAGAUGAAGAGAUGCAAGAGCCAAGCUCUACAGAGAAGGAUGGCAAAGAGUAUCUUGGAAUAGAUGCAUUGUCAUUUAGGGAACCUGAUCCGAAGAAACACAGCAUGAAUGGAAACAUGUGCAACAAUCCAAAUCAGCUCUCUGGAGAGAUGGUGCGCUGCAUGAGAGAUAUCUUCCUACAUUUAUCUCGAUCGUCGAAGAUAUCACCAAAGUUGUCUUCUGAUAAUUCGUCUUCAUCAGCGGGAUGUUUAUCUGGCUCUACAUUUACGUCUGUGUCAGAUUCAUCUUUAAUGGCCUCAGUGCUGCGAAGCCCUUCAGUUGAUUCAGAUCACGAUGAAGAUAUUAUAGAUGAAGUGGGGAACUUUGAUCCAUACAGUGUUAAUGGGAAGGAAGCUCGAAGAGACAUUGGGAAGUACUGUUCAGUAGCCGAAGUAUCUUGGAUGAAUGUAUGCAAGGAACAGCUUGAAUAUGCAUCUGAUGCUCUCCAAAAAUUCAGGUCCCUUGUGGAGCAACUAUCAAAGGUUGAUCCUACCCGUAUGAACUGUGACGAGCGGUUAGCGUUUUGGAUCAACCUUUACAAUGCCCUAAUAAUGCAUGCAUAUUUAGCUUAUGGAGUCCCCGGGAACGACAUUAAGCUUUUCUCGCUAAUGCAGAAGGCCUGUUACAAGGUUGGUGGGCAGUCCUUCAGUGCAGCUGAAAUAGAGUUUAUAAUCCUAAAGAUGAAGAACCCAGCACACCGGCCACAGAUCUCUUUGAUGUUAGCCCUUCACAAGUUCAGAGUCACCGAGGAGCACAAGAGGUAUUCGGUCGACGACGUGGAGCCCCUGGCGUUGUUUGCACUGAGCAGCGGGAUGUUCUCCUCACCUGCUGUGAGGAUUUUCUCGGCCGAGAACGUUCGGCAGCAGCUGCAGGAGUCGAUGAGGGACUACAUCCGGGCGUCGGUCGGGAUCAACGACAAGGGGAAGCUCACUGUCCCGGCGCUGCUGCAGAGCUACGGCAAGGGCGCGGUGGAGGACUCGCUGCUGGCCGACUGGAUCUGCCGGCAGCUGACGCCGGCCCAGGUCGCGGCGGUGCAGGACACCACGUCGUCGCGCAAGCAGCGGCUCCUCGGCUUCCGCAGCUUCACCGUCGUCCCGUUCGACUCGACAUUCCGGUACCUCUUCCUGCCCGACGACCACCACUAGGCAGACGCAGGUCGGCACCGAAGAGAGACCAAGGGUGGGCAUUUUGACAGAAAGAUUAGCUCUGUACAUGUUGUGUAAGCUCCGGGGGAGGCCGAUUCUUUUGGUUGCUCUGUAAAGGCCAUUGAUUGGUUGGUUUGCUUGCGUCCUGUGUAUGUGUGUAGUAAUAAAGGGAGCUGCGUGUAAUUUUGCUUGAGCUCCCUUUAGCAUGUAGUGGUAGAAUAUAAUAGCUUGUAUAACAAAACAUGGAAGGAUAAACUUUUACGAGUGUUGUUGAUGUUG